UGUUCCGUAUUAUUAUUUGAAAGUUAUGGCUAUGUUUGCUGUCAUUCCAUAACCAGAAGAAUGAAAACAAAACAUUUUAUUUGUAUGUGGACUGGGACAGGGCAGCUAUAUAAGCCCCUGACUUUCUACCAUAGCUGCACAUUCACUCGACUGACACUCGCUCUUGCACACCAUGUUCGCUUCACUACCCGCCCUUGCCAUUGUCUUCGCAGUCUACCUGCCGUCGACAGAAGCUCAGACCCGGUGCGACACUGCUGGCUGCCUGAAUGGCGUCUGCAUCCUGCCUCCAGCUGUUGCUGUCCCCACGUGCAGCUGCAUCCCCGGCUUCCAGUUGACCGCUGCCGACCCAAACGUCUGCUUCGAUAUUGACGAGUGUUACGGCAACACGUACAUCUGUGGGGUGAGUUUUGACCCCUACCUCCGCACCUCUGUCCCCAGCGGGAGGUGUGUCAACACCCCGGCCGGCUCCUAUUACUGUAUGUGCAACCCCAACGUGGCCCUGUCAUCCUUCGACAACAAGACCUGUAUAUCCAUUCCCAUUCAACAGCAGCAGCAGCAACAGCAACAGCAGCAGCAGCAGCAACAACAGUCCUUCUACCAAAGCCUUCUCAAUCUGUACCUUUUCGACCAGUUUGAACUAUUUGAUUUUUAACAACAAAAUAUAAAUUCAUUCUCAAAUGUAUAUAUGUCAAUAUUUUCAUGUAAACUGAUAUAUUCAUCUGUCUUUUGAAUAAAAUGUAUGAUCAACUAAAAA